AUGUCAUUAUACAUAGGUAGAUUAUCAGUCGAAACCACCCAAAAAAAUUUAAAUGACCAUUUUUCAAAAUAUGGUACAAUUACUAGAAAUGAUGUAAAGAAAACAAACGGAAGAUGUUAUGCUUUCGUUGAAUAUAAAGAAAGAAGAGAUGCAGAUGAUGCUUUAAAAGCAUUAAAUGGUACAACCUUAUUAAAUAGUAAAAUUUCAGUUGAAUGGGCAAAAGGUGGUAAAAAUGCUGAUAAUAAUAAAUGUUUUGCAUGUGGUCAAGAAGGUCAUUGGAUAAAAAGUUGUCCAAAUGGUGGAAAGAAAAGAUCAAGAGAUAGAUCCCUAAGUCGUUCACAUUCAAGAGAUAGAAGAUCAAGAAGAUAUAGAUCACCAUCAUGGGAUCGUAGAGAUAGAUCAAGGGAUCGUUCUAGAGAUCGUUCAAGAGACCGUUCUAGAGAUCGUUCUAGAGAUAGAAGAGAUAGAAGAAGAGAUCGUAGAGACAGAAGUAGAGAUAGAUCAAGAGAUGGUAGAAGAGAAAGAUCAAGAGAUAGAAGUAGAGAUAGAUCAAGAGAUGCCAGAAGAAAUAGAGAUACCUCAAGAGAUCGUUCUAGAGAUAGAAGUAGAGAUCGUUCAAGAGAUGGUGGUAAUAUAAUAAGAGACACUAGUAGAGAUAGAAGAAGAAAUAAUAGUAGAGAUAGAAGUAGAGAUCGUUCAAGAUCAAAUGGUGGUGGUAGUCGUUAUAGUAGUAGAAGAGAUCGUUCAAGAGAUAGAAGUAGAGAUCGUUCAAGAGAUCGUUCAAGAUCUCUAAAAAAAGAAAAAAAGAGAGAUUCUUCACUCUCUAAAGAAAGAAUUGCAGCUGGCGAUGCUGCUUCUGCUGACUCUGGUAAUAAUGCAAAUGGUAAUGGAAGAUCAAGAGAAAGAUCAAGAUCAAGAUCAAGAUCAAAUUCAAAUUAA